UGGUUAAUGUAAGCAACCUCUGCUCGCUCUCCAAACAUGCAUCCUUAUGAAGCGCUGCGGCGUGAGGUGUGAUGUCAAGGCUGAGCUCUCAGAGUCCUCCAGACAAGUCUGAAGGCGGCUCGAGGAGGGGAGUGCUGAAAACUUCUAAGAAAGACUGACAGGAGACACACAAGGCUGCAUCCUGACAACAGGCAUGGAGUCAAAAACUGGACCAGCCUCGCUGACUGGCGAAGAACUGGCUGCUAUUGAGGAUGAGGAGGUUCUCAACAAGAUGCUCGACAGCACAACAGAUUUUGAAGAGAGACGGAUGAUACGUGCUGCGUUACGGGACCUGCUCAAGAAAAAGAGAGAUAAACGGGAGCAGGAACGAGGGUCCAGGCAGCAGGACUUGAGACAGCAGGGCCUGAGCAAAGGCGGAGCUGUUAGCAUAAGCAGAGCUUCCAUGAACCAGCAGCCGCCAGCGAACAAGCCACCAGGUCAGCCCUCUCCAUCAGCAGGCGGCCAGGUCAGUCCUGCUGUAGCCUCAGCACAGAAAUGUCCUCCUGCUGCAGCACCAAACGCUAAAAAUGUCAAACAGAUGCUUCUGGACUGGUGCCGGGCCAAAACAGAGCCAUAUGAGGGGGUGGAUAUCCAGAACUUCUCCUCAAGCUGGAAAGAUGGCAUAGCCUUCUGCGCCCUGGUGCACCGGUUCUUCCCUGACGCCUUCGAAUACUCCAUCCUCAACCCCAACAAGCCCAGGGAGAACUUCCAGCUGGCCUUCAGCACCGCAGAGAGGCUGGCAGGCUGCCCCCCUCUGCUGGACCCUGAUGACUUAGUCCGGAUGAAAGAGCCCGACUGGAAGUGCGUGUACACGUACAUCCAGGAGUUCUACCGCUCCCUGGUGGAGAAAGGCCUGGUCAAAACCAAGAAGCGACCAUAGACAGCUUUCAUGAUUCAGUUUUUACUUGUAAUACACACACAUUACCAUGAGCUGACGUCAACAAGACAACACUAAGCACCCUUUUCAGCCGAAUAUUAAGAUUUUGUCUGUGUAGAGUUGCAGUGAAGUAGAGGAUUAAGUAUUUGAUGUGUCUGGCCAAUGCAUCAUGUGAAUGCUAAUGCACAAUGUGUAGCGCUUGUAUUGGUAUGUGUGUUAGCAGGGACUUAUGGGUGCCUGUGUGCUCUCAGUGGACAGCUGCCGCGUAGGAUCAGUACAUUCCACUGAGAUUACACAUCUGCAUUAAUCCCAGUCACAUCCAUAGACAGUCUGGGAACAGGUUUCAUGACGGUGCUGUUGAGGGCCUGAGUGUGUGAGUAUUAAAGACACAUUUAAU